AUGCAGCUCUCCGCUCUUCUCGUUGCAGGCCUCUGUGCCGUGCCCUCUGUCCUUGGUCACGGCGAGCCAAACACGGCCGCAGCUAUCGCUCACCGCGAUGCCCACAUCAAGCGUUCAGUCCAGUCACUGGGCUCAUGCGCCAACAAGCUCGUUGGCCGUGGCGUCUCUAUUGAGCGUCAGGCCAAGACUAGUGCUUUCGUCAACAGGUACCUCGCUCGCCGUGGCUUGGAGGGGGGCUUUGAGGCCGCGCCGUCCUUGGCCAAGAAGCAGUCUACCUGCGUCCUCUCUCCCGAGCAGGAGGAAGGUCCAUUCUAUCUCGAUGGCGAACUGAUCAGGGAGGACAUCACUGAGGAUGAAGCCGGCGUCGACCUGCUUCUUGACGUGACGGUCAUCGAUGUCAACACUUGCGAGCCGCUCUCGGGCGUCAUGCUCGACUUCUGGAGCUGCAACAGCACGGGCACGUACUCUGGCUAUGCGCAGGAGCAGACCACGGGUCUGACAUGGCUUCGGGGUCUGCAAGUGUCGGACGACGAUGGCGUGGUGCAGGUUACGACCAAGUUCCCGGGCUGGUACGGUGGAAGAGCGCAGCACAUCCACAUCAAGGCGCACGUUGACUACACGAUUGACGACGAGACUGAAACCAUCACUGGCGGUACAGUCCCGCAUACUGGCCAGAUCUUUUUCGACCAAGAUCUCCUAACGACCGUCAACGCUGUCGCGCCCUACACCUCGGACACUAACCCCUUCACCCUCAACGCCGAUGACCGCGUCGUCACCCAGCAGGCUAACUCGACCGACGGCUACGACGCCUUUGUCGACAUCACCCUGACCGGCACCGACGUCACGGACGGGCUGCUCGGGAGACUUACCAUUGCCAUCGAUUCGUCGGCCACACCGGGACCGGCUUAG